AUGGAUUCAUAUUUCGAAUCUAACAGACAAAUUUAUUCGGAUGUAUUUCACGCAUUUAAACCGCCAAAUAAAAUUUCGAAUCAUGUUAAAAGACCUAUGAAUGCUUUCAUGGUAUGGUCUAGAGGACAAAGAAAAAAAAUGGCUUUAGAAAAUCCCAAAAUGCACAAUUCUGAAAUUUCGAAAAAAUUGGGCAGUGAUUGGAAACAGUUGAAAGACGACGACAAAAAACCGUUUAUUGAUGAGGCAAAACGUUUAAGAGCCUUGCACAUGCGUAUUUAUCCAGAUUACAAAUAUAAACCAAAACGGAAA